AUGGCGUCCCUGCGCCGGCACGACGGCCUGCUGUACCUGGUCGUGGAGGGCGAGGAGCGGCAGCUUCAGAGAGCGGAGAGGCGGGAGGCAUUUCUGGAGAGCAUCGUGGAAAGGGAGGGGGCGGAAGUGGAGGAGGGUUGCCCGAAUGAGGAGGCCCAGCCUCGCGCGGGCGAAUUGGAGGACUUGUCUGUGAGGAAGACCUUUCCACAAGGGCCAGACGCUUCCAAGCACAGCCACCCAAAACCUUCCCCUUUGUUUGCACCAUCGCCAACGACCACAGACAAGGGUCCAACACCUGGUUACCAAAAUGCCAAGAAGAGAAUGCUGGAUACCACAGGGAAGGAAGACGUUUCUGAUGCUGUCGGGAGGAAGCGGAUCAAGCUGGAUGGCACUGCUGACAGCUUGCUUCAAGCAGGGCCAAGCAUGCCUCACACCUCCACCACUUCUGUGGGCAGAGGGGACACACCCCAAAGCCAGAUCGCAGAGGCCCCAGGCAAGAUUGCAGAGGCACCAGGCAAGGUUGCAGUGGGCCCAGGCAGUGAAAGGGUUGAGAAUGCAGAUGGGAAGCGCCUUGAUAAAGGGAGCUUGACUGGUGGGAGAGCAGCUGCUGGCUGUGGUGUACAAGAGACUGUGGCGCCGGAUACUGACAGACGUUCACCAGUGGCAGCAGAGACAACUCUGGGGCCUGUACCAGACAAGGAAGAUGGCGACCAACACAUGGCUGAGGAGGAGGAAGGGCCUGAUGAAGGGGCUGAGGACAGUGGUCUGGAGAUAGAGGGUGACACGCAGUGCGCUCUGUGCGACAAUGGUGGUGACCUGCUAAUGUGCGAUGGCCCAUGCUUGCGUGGUUUCCAUGUACCAGAGGAGGAGGACAAUGAGGACUGCAACCCUCUGGGUGUGCCUACUGAUCUGGCAAAAGCGAUCAUGGAGGGCCACAGCUCUUUCGAAUGUCCAAACUGUGCCACGGGCAUCCAGCAGUGCUACAGCUGUAAGGAAGAGGGCCCAUCCCAGGGUCCCCACCAGGAUCUGUACAGAUGCUCCCACAUCAACUGUGGCAAGUUCUACUGCAUGCGAUGCCGGGAAAUGAUGCUGCACUCCAAGGGCCUCAAGGGCCUCAAGGGUUCACGCAAUGGCACACGGGUCCCAGGCUCAGCAGGGCAAACUGUGGCCAUCAGUGGAAAGGCAGGAGCUGGGUCACCAAAGGGAAUGUGUGAGCCCGACGCCAAAGGAGGUCUCUUCCUGUGCCCUUUACACAAGUGCAAGGUUUGUGGCGAGGGCGAAGUGACGAAAAAGAACCCUUUGGUCGGCUGCCGGCGGUGCCCAAAGGCAUAUCACAAGGACUGCAUGCCACCCACGCUACGUAACGAUGAGCAGCGAGUGUGGCUGGCGAAGUACAAUGAGGACGGCACAGUGGCGGACGAGACGGAGGUGAGUCGAGACCUGUUCUACUGCAAGAGGCAUGCCCUGGCGGAGGAUGUGAUGGCCACAGGAGCUGUGCAUGACAAGCCACUAUUCUCUGACGCCGUGAUGAACAAGUGGAGGAAGAUGUAUGCACAUCAGUACUCGUACCUGGAGUCAUCCAUUGAGUACCUGGAGAGCCUGGAGAGGGCGAGGAGGGCACCAAAGCAACGGGCAGAUCGGAAAUACCUCAAACCAAAGAGCAGGCUCAAAACGCAUCAGCGGUCCAGCCCCCAGGCCAUUGCACGUUCUUCAAAGGUUGUGGCAGCAGCCCCAAGAGUGAAGAUUGGUACCAUGGAAACCAGGCCAGCAGCCGAUGCUGAGGACAUUGACAGCAGGUACGAUAUGUUUGGCAACUACACUACGGGACAUGAGGUGAGAAGGAGGCUGUGUGAGGCCCAGCGUGCACUGAGCGAGAGGAAUGUUGAGGCAGUGGUCUGGAAGUUUCCCCCCUACGAUGAUGAUGCCAGAGUGCCCAAGCUGACCCCAGACAAGGUGGAGGGAUGGCUGAAGUCAGUGAAGAUGGCACAAGAGCACCCCCACAGUGCCAGAGAUAUCAUACCUGACAAGACUGCCCUCUCCAUAUCCAAGGCAAAAGAUGUUCUGCAAAGUUACUUGGGACCAUUGCUCUUUUCACGGCGGUACACGUCCUAUGGAAGGCAUUUCACAAUCCCAGAAGUCCUGGACGAGGUGGUGCGUCAGCUCUUGAAGCACAUUGCAGUUGAUGACCAGGUGGUUGACUUCAGCUGCGGGUCAAACGCAUUUAUUGCAUUGCUCAAGACCCUUUGUGAAGGCAAGGAGAUUGACUUCAAGGCGUAUGACCCCUUCACUCCAAAGGUCACUACAGCCUGGCAGAGGGAGAGCUGGUUUAAUGUCAGGCCACGCCAGUUGAAUCCAGGUGACCACCUGGUCAUUGGUCUGAACCCGCCGUUUGGGAAAAAUGGCUCUUUGGCCAGCCAGUUUGUCAUGCAUGCUGCAAAAUUCCAGCCCCGUGUGAUUGCAUUGAUAGUGCCCCCAAAGACUCCUGUUCCUACAGGCUACGACGUUGUGUAUGAAGACAAGGAGCUCUGUGCUGAUAAAUCUUUCUACAUUCCUGGGGUCAAGCAAGCAUCAUGGAAUGUCGUUGCCCCUGCUUUUCGCAUACUGGAACGUACCAGCCCUCCUAUCCCUAACGAAUUGCAGUAUUUACAACCUCAAGAUUUCAGCUUUGUCAAAGCCACGUCUCUUGAAGCACCAGAGUCACCAAUGCAAGGCAACACAGACUUCCAAGAAGAGGAAUCGGUAGAUGGAGACCAGUUAGAGCAGUCCUUACCAACCGCAUUGGCGCCUGUAGUUGAAUGUGCUCCUUAUGGAGUGCUUCCAGAUGCAUCCGAUGGAAUACCAAAACAAUCUAUUGUAAACUGGCCAGGGGUGGGUGGUGCUCCAGUUGAUGGAUUGGGGCUUUGGACUGGUGCUAGCAUGGAUACCCAUGGUGUAGCCCCUCUUGAUUUGGGGGAUAUUGAUGGUCAACCAUCUCGUGGACACAAUGACUUCAACACAAGCCAGGCACAUCAGAUAUUGUCAGAACAAGAUCCGUAUGAAAUUGAUGAAGUGCAGAAUGGUGUGCAUUCAGUUUCUGACAAUCAAUUCCCCACUGGGCCCAAUGUAUCAGACCCUCUUGGAUGCAGUGCACCUCCUAGGUUUGGUUUGUCCCCUUCCUCUGACAUGGUGGAAGCUGCUCACAAUGGUGACUCGGGGUUAGAUAAUGUGGCUGCACCCAGCUUUUACGAGGUGGCUACCUCAUAUCCAAAUCAGGCAGAUGACCUCCAGACGCCACAUCCAAGCCUUCAAUACGGUCCAAUGUAUAGAAGCAAUGACUAUGGGGAGCGUGCCCAUGAUGGACGAAGGGGGAUUGCUACAGAUGACGUUCUUGGUAUUGGUGAAGAAAGCUACAGCAUUGAUGGGGACUUUGUGGUUGCACCAGAGAGAAACAGUGAUUAUCUUAGAACUUGGGGGAACUGGAGGGAGAGCAGUUUUGCCAACAAUGGACAUGAGGGUCAUAUUGGAGAGCGCUGGAAAGGUGACUAUGAGUCUAAUGCAAGAGAGAGGAGCCAAGGGAGGGGCCAGAAUGUACAUCACCGAAGAAGGCAAAGGGGAGCCCGACGUGGUUAUGGCCGUAGUUCUGGAAGAAACCAAUGA